AUGGCGAGGGGUUUAUCCCUCCCAGUAGCGCUGCUUGCACUGGUGUAUACGUGCAUGGUAGCGUUACCUGCAUCUCAAGCGGACGCCAAAAAGCUGCACGGUGCAAGUGGUAUCGAUGCGUUACGUGAACGUUACCUGCAACACGAACGCCAGGCGUGGGCAAUCGUCAAUCACAUCGAUGCAGUCGACAACCAGCUGGAACAGGACACGUCCCAACAGCGCGCAACGGUCAUGCGCGAGCUGGUCAACAUCUAUUUGCGCUUCGUCGAGACGGAGCUCGAUGCGGAAGAUUUGGGCGACUACCGGUUGCUGGGGCGGCUGUCCGAAUGGCACCUGCUGGAGCAGAACCUGAUGACGGUGAACAAACUGUUCGAGGUGGUGUAUUCGUUCCUGCGCGAGAAAGCACCGCGGUUCGCCGAACUGGCAGACCGCGGGCCGGAGGAUGGCGAACCCGGCAAUAGUGCCGGGGACGAUCUCCGUCUGCUCACGAUUGAUCUCGCGGAAACGAUACUCUUCGACAAACAUCAACCGAUCCCGCAGCAACUGGAUGAUAUCUACAACAUUAUGGUGCGGCAGGCAAUUUACUACCGCGCCAGUAUGAUGGCGAGCAGCGUUAUAUGUAGCUAUGGAUUAUCGUCCCAGCAGAUGAUCUACCUGCUGUACAAAUCUAUCGCAAUGACCGAACUGAAGGGUUACAUCAUGAUGCAGUUCUCCUAUAUGCUGCUGAAAACUCAGGGCAAAGGUAACUUCACCACGGAGUCCAAGGAUCGCCGUAACGAGCUGCGUACACGGCUCGCCCGCACCCAGCAACUCCUGCAGAGUGUUAUGCGACAGACGAGCGGCGAGUACUGGCGGUGCGAUCCGGAACGGGGUUCCCACCGGGAGAACACUACCUACGUGCAGUUCACCCGCCUGCUGCAAGGGUACGUGGAGAACGAGGUGGACAUGAACGCGGACGAAACAUGUCGGGAAACUUGUGCCCACUAUCAGUACGGUCACGAGCAGCAUCACUGCUAUAAGGAGCUGUAUUGUUCGAAGCAAGCGAAAUGUGCCGGUCGCAUCUACGACUGCGAGUACAUCGACUCGGAUAUGUGGAUCUGUCCGGCCGCACCGGGCAGCCAGCGACGCUACGAGUACAUCGAGUACGAGAAUGGUGAGGUGCGCGGCCGCAAGCAGCACUGCCCGCGUGGCACCAGCAAGGUCGACUCCUGGUGGCGUUGGCUGUUCUGGCACUGCAGCUACUGCUUCUGUCUUUGCGAUGACGCCGGUCGCCAUUCGGACCGUUACAUCAGCCUGCGCGAAUCCGUGUCGGACAUUAGCAAAAACCGCGUUGUGACAGGGUUACGCUUUGUGAAGCGUAGACAGAUGAUGCAUUUAAUUGUGCAGCAGGGUAUGCUGCUGCCCGGAGGAGAAAUCGACAACAGCACGCUCGAAUGGGUAGUGGCGACCCCUUUCAGCCACACGGACAAAGGCGUGCGCGAUGGACGGGAUUAUCAUACGCUCUCGUACGAUCGACGUGCCGUCGAUCUCGAUGACGUGCACGUGCAUCCCGGUUAUGUGCUGACUGGCGUGCGCUUCCGUACGCUGGGCGCCCAUCUCAACCUGGAAAUUCGCAUGACCGAGAUGAACUUCACGUCCGGCACACUGGUCGAUCCAAACAAAAGCAUCUGGAUCGGAAACGAUGAGACAGUCAGAACGGAAAUUCCCUUGCGUUACAUGGAUGUGCCAACGCUAGCGCCAGCCAAAUCAACACCCACCUCGACCAGCGGCCAGUACCUGCGUCUCGGACCGUCCGGUGGGCGAGCAGAUGCGGCUCAAACGACCAUCCCGUUCCUGGACGCGCAACCGGUGGUCCCUGUGUUACCGAUACCCUUGGCCGGUGCCGGGCUGAUGCACAAAAGCAUCCCAAAGUACGGUGGCUUUAUUGCGCCUCGGGUGUUCACCUACGACUUUGGACCGCACAUACAGGUGCCUACCGAUGACUGGCUUGCCACGGAAGAGGAAGCACGCAACGUAAACGGUUAG